AUGUACCACAAGUUGGACAUAGAAAUGGCAUUUAUCACUCCAGAUGAUAUUUACGAAAUAAUUGAGAAUAUGCUGGUAUAUAUUUGGCCUACAGUUCAGAGUACUUCAGGUUAUCAGCCAAUAUCGACACCUUUUUUGCGCAUGGAAUAUUGUGAUGCUAUGUCACGAUAUGGAAGUGACAAACCAGAUGUACGAUUUGGUUUCUUGUUUUCAUAUUCCGCAGUUGAUGGACACACAGGUUUUAAUAUACCAAGGAAAUACAGAAUAUCAAUUUUUACAGUUCAAAAUAUCAAGUCAAAACAGUUGGACUUACUAAAUUUAUUAAAACCAGAGUGUGGUGAUUUAUUAAAAGCAUUGGGCAUGGCACGAGUUGAAGUUGCUAAGCUUAUUGAUUCGAAAGGUUUGUCAAUAUAUGAACCUGGAUUCCAUUUUCUUUGGAUAAAUCAAUUUCCAUUGUUUGAAAAAAAUAACUUAGGUCAGUGGAAAUCAGUGCACCACCCGUUCACUGCUGCGUCACCAGAGACAGCACAUUUCUUGUAUACUGAUCCGAGCAAAGUUAUCGGUUUACAUUACGAUUUAGUUUGUAAUGGUCAAGAGGUUGGAGGUGGUUCAAUUCGAGUACAUAAUCCUGAGGUGCAAAAGUAUAUUUUUACCGAAAUUCUUAAGGAAAAUUCUUGUGAAAUGGAAUACUUUUUAACUGCCCUAAAUUCAGGAGCUCCACCACAUGGUGUGAUUGCGUUAGGUCUUGAUCGUUUAAUUGCAAUAUUUGUAAAUGCCAAAUCAAUCAGAGAUGUAAUUGCUUUCCCAAAAGCAGCUGAUGGGAAAGAUCUCUUAUGUGGGACACCAACUAUGGUAGAUGAUGAAAUCUUAUCACAGUAUUGCAUUUCUGUUUCCAAUCAUAAUAAAAGUUGA